GCUCGCUCGGUAUCGUCGAUUAUAAGACACAAAAACUGAGUUGAAAAACACUCGGAGGAUUCGUUAUCAUGAUAUUUCACUAUCUGACGUCAGCCAUCUUGCUGUCCGUCAGAUCUAAAACGUGGCCACAUGUAAAGCUCCCAUUGGAAACUGGGAAAAAUGAAGGCUGACGCAAAAGUGGAGUAUCUGAUUGUCGAUACUAGUGCAUUUAUUAGAAACGCAGCUAUACAGGAUAUCGCUGCCAACGUUAUAACUCCUCAAGAUGUUGUUAAUGAAAUAACCAACAAGCGACAGCUCAGAAGACUCGUUGUUUUACCUUACGACUUGAUUAUUAAAGAUGUCUUUCCAGAGAACAUUCAUUUUGUUACCGAAUUUUCUAAAAAGACUGGAGACUACCGCAGUCUUUCGGCAACUGAUAUUAAGGUGAUUGCCUUAACUUAUCAGCUUGAGAAAGAAAAAGUUGGAACUCAACACUUGAAGGAUGUACCUAUAACACCUGUAAAGCCCAAUAUCAGCAUCAAUCUCCCAGAUAAUUACUCGCAUAAUGUGGCCGGAUUUUUUUUACCUGACAAUGAUAAACAAGGUACUGAAAAAGAAACUGUGGAACACUGCACUUUUAACCAAAAUGAAGACACAAAAGAACUAGAUUUGCAUAAUAAAUUGAACACGGUAAUCUUGCUGAAAAAUGGAAGCGCAGAUUCUACCUCUGAAUCGGACGAUUUGUCAGAAUACUCAUCAAUUUCUGAUUAUGAGACAGCAACCUCCGACUUAGAAAACAUAGAGAAAGAUAGUUUACCUGAUAAAUUUUCUGCUUUGAAAUGCAAUCCAGAAGAUUUGGAAUUGGAUAAUGGCAAAGACGUUGACGAUAUUCUUCCAGCUGAAAAUUGUGAAGAGUUUACUGAUGAGGACCAAGAAAUUGAAGAGAGUGAAAGUGAAGAUGACAACGAUGAGGGUUGGAUUACACCUCGGAACAUUGUGAAAGUCAAGAAAGAUAUGGAUGCAGAUAUUCAAGAAGAAAAACCAGCUAAAGUUGCCUGCCUUACAACCGAUUUCGCUAUGCAGAAUGUUUUGAAACAAAUUGGCCUCCAAGUCGUUAGCUUGGAUGGGAGAGUAAUUAAGCAGCUAAGAACAUUCAUACUAAGGUGUUACACGUGUUUCAAGACUACUAGCAUCAUGACCAAAGAGUUCUGUCCCAAAUGUGGAAAUAAGACUUUAAAAAAAGUCGCGGUCUCACUAGAUGAAAACGGCAAACAACAGAUCCAUAUUAAUCACAAAAGACCACUUACGGCAAGGGGGAAAAAGUUCUCGCUACCUACACCACAGGGCGGAAAACACGCCAAUAAUCCAAUUUUAUUUGAAGAUCAGCCCAGGCCUGAUCAGCGGCCGUCUAGAUUAGCACGAACAAAAAAUGAUCCUCUAAACGAUGAUUACGUAGCUGGCUACUCACCGUUUGUAAUGCGUGAUAUUAACUCAAAAUCUGCUAUGCUCGGUAUAAGAUCCGGAACAGAUAUAAAGCACUGGAUGAGAAAAAAUCCAAAUCAAGCCAGGAGAAAACGGAAGUAAUCUCACUACAAACAAUUCAGUGUUUUCGAAGUAAUGUUGCAUAUCCAGUUUCUACGAAACCAUGCUAUUUGUUUGGGCCAAAAAAUUCAUUGCGAUGAGACAGAUUAUUAGAUGCCAUUAGAGGACACUACGAACUCAAACGACAUAAGUAGAGCCAAAUCGAACCACCCAAUUUAGAAAUACGACAUGAUUUCUCUUAUCUUCUAUAACUUCAGAAUCAUCGAUUGUAGUAGAGUAAAACUAUUCGAAAUCAUUUUUCCUAGCACAAUUGCGCUAGCGUAGCGUACACAACAAUUCAUUGUAGGGUUUUUCGAAGUCUUGAAAUUUUCGCAGAAGUUGCAAGGAGAUAGCAUUAGCAUAUUUGUGAUUUUUGGGGUUCCAGGUUUUUCUUGUCUGGGUAUUGGUUUGAGUGAGCCUUUUACCGCUACUUGAACCUUCAGGAAUGAAAAAGAUGUCAAGAACAUUGCAAAACCAACAACUGAUGUCAUACAAAGAAAAACGAAGGAUUUUUCGAUUUUCGUCUGUAACUUUGAAUUCGGCGUUCGCAGCGCGAAUAGCUAACUUUCACAUUUCUGUAAUUUUGCUGCCAAAAACUGUUUGUCUUAGAACUGGUGUAACCCUUGGAAAACACGGAGGGUCAAUUUGACCCCUAUAUCGAUUUUGGUCAGGAAUAUCUUUAAAUUGGUGGGCCUGCGGCCGUUUAGCGGUAACUUGGGGUCCUAAAUGUACGUUAAGAUUCUUCCCCUGUACAUUGUAGUAGGCACAUGAGUAAGCAGUACACGUUUGGCAUGGUUUGAAUGGUUCAAAGAAGUCGUAGGGUUAAUUUGAUCGUGAUGGUGUAUACGAAACAUUGAUUUGUUCGCGCAACAGAGUAAUGCUUGAUUAAGCGCCUGUUAAUUUAGGGAUUUUGUGUACUUGCAAGCACUGUUUGCAAGUAUGCUCGAACAGAUGAAGCACAGAUGCUUGUGUAAUGCUGUCCUACAACGUGAACCACCAGUUAUUUUGAAAAGCAAAGUGUGUGUUUUGCCCUUAUAUGAAAACCAAAAAAACUAAACUACAAUGUCCAUUUUGCUUAGGACCAAUGUGUGAUGAUCAUCGCCCUUACUUAUGCAACGACUGUGUCAAAGAUACAUCAAUUAGUGAAGAUUCAUCACACUUCAAUGAAAAUAAAAUAUCCACGCAUAUGUAAAAAGAAUACAUAUUUUGACAGUUUCUUCAACGAA